AUUAGUUUGUGAAAGGCCUCAGAGAUAAAUGAGUCCAGCCUUGAUGAAGUUCCUCUUCAUGCCCCUUUCACCCCCCCUUCACCUCUUUUUUUGCCCCAGAAUCACAGAACCAGUUAGAGUGGGAAAGAUCUCUGAGCUCCUUGAUGAAGUUCCCCUUCAUUCUCCCUUCCCCCCUUUUUUUCCCUGCCAUCCCUCUUUUUCCCCUUUUACCCCCCUUCCCCCCUCCCCUUUAUUUUUCUUUACAUUUUGCACAUGUAUGAUUUUCCUCCCUCUGUACAGGAGGUUGGGAGCGAGUUGAAACGUGUUAAUCACUCCCCUCCCCUCCAUUUAAAACACCCAAAAAAGAGCUGGAAAUUGCCUAUAAAAAAGGGGUGUAACUGGCUCUCUAUUAAAAUACCCAAAGAAGGGCUCUAGAACAUCUGGCCCAGGACAGACCUGGCUGUGACUGAGGUGCUCAGGCCCUUUUUAGUGUAAAUAAUAAUUAAGGGACAGAAAUAAUUCAGCUCAAGACUCUUCCUACAUUUGAGGUUACCAAGUCUAAUCUUUCUUGCAGCUACAGAUGAUUUUUGUUGUGUGGGGAGAUGUUUUCUCUGUUCAAGUUUGGGUACUCUGCUUUAUGUUUUUGUUAUUUUUUUCUCUCUCAUUGAACUGUUAUUUCCUGAAUUUGGGGUUUUUAAUCUCUUAGGCUGUUGUGGUUUUGUUUCUAAGCCUUGCUGGUCUCUGAGCAGGGUUUUAGACCCUCUUCCCACAUCCUGAGAGGAUUCCCAGUGUGAACUCAUCCCUUCUUUUCCUUCAUCCACAUCACAAUUGCUCCUUUCCAAAUCCUCUCGCAGUGAACUUUCAUUUCCCAAAUGUAGAGGAAAUAGUGACUCUUGAUGGAAGACCACGGAGUGAGCCAGGCAGAGCACAUGGCUACCAUCGAGGCGCACGCCGUGGCCCAGCAGGUGCAGCAGGUGCACGUGGCCACCUACACGGAGCACAGCAUGCUGAGCGCCGACGAGGACUCGCCCUCCUCGCCCGAGGACACCUCCUACGACGACUCCGACAUCCUCAACUCCACGGCGGCCGACGAGGUCACUGCUCACCUGGCUGCUGCAGGCCCUGUGGGGAUGGCAGCAGCUGCUGCUGUGGCAACGGGGAAGAAGCGGAAGCGGCCUCACGUGUUUGAGUCCAACCCCUCCAUCCGGAAGAGGCAGCAGACACGAUUGCUCAGGAAGCUGCGGGCCACGCUGGAUGAGUACACCACCAGAGUGGGGCAGCAGGCCAUCGUCCUGUGCAUCUCACCCUCCAAACCCAACCCUGUCUUCAAAGUGUUCGGUGCUGCACCCCUGGAGAACGUGGUCCGCAAGUACAAGAGCACCAUCCUGGAGGACCUGGAGUCGGCGCUGGCCGAGCACGCCCCGGCCCCCCAGGAGGUCAACUCGGAGCUGCCCCCCCUCACCAUCGAUGGCAUCCCCGUCUCCGUGGACAAGAUGACCCAGGCACAGCUGAGAGCCUUCAUCCCCGAGAUGCUGAAGUAUUCCACAGGUCGUGGGAAGCCAGGCUGGGGCAAGGAGAGCUGCAAGCCCAUCUGGUGGCCCGAGGACAUCCCGUGGGCCAACGUCCGCAGCGACGUCCGCACGGAGGAGCAGAAGCAGAGGGUGUCCUGGACCCAGGCCCUGCGCACCAUUGUCAAGAACUGCUACAAGCAGCACGGGCGCGAGGACCUGCUCUACGCCUUCGAGGACCAGCAGACGCCGCAGACCACGACCACGCACAGCAUCGCCCACCUGGUGCCCUCGCAGACCGUGGUGCAAACCUUCAGCAACCCCGACGGCACCGUGUCCCUCAUCCAGGUUGGCACGGGGGCCACGGUGGCCACGCUGGCCGACGCCUCCGAGCUGCCCACCACGGUCACCGUGGCACAGGUCAACUACUCGGCCGUGGCUGACGGGGAGGUGGAGCAGAACUGGGCCACGCUGCAGGGAGGGGAGAUGACCAUCCAGACGACGCAGGCCUCCGAGGCCACGCAGGCGGUGGCCUCGUUAGCCGAGGCGGCGGUGGCGGCGUCGCAGGAGAUGCAGCAGGGAGCCACUGUCACCAUGGCACUCAACAGUGAAGCCGCUGCCCACGCCGUAGCCACGCUGGCCGAGGCCACCCUUCAGGGAGGGGGACAGAUUGUCCUGUCUGGGGAAACUGCAGCAGCAGUGGGAGCACUCACAGGAGUCCAGGAUGCCAAUGGGCUGGUGCAGAUCCCCGUGAGCAUGUACCAGACGGUGGUGACCAGCCUGGCGCAGGGGAACGGCCCGGUGCAGGUGGCCAUGGCGCCGGUGACCACGCGGAUCGCGGACACGGCCGUCACCAUGGACGGCCAGGCCGUGGAGGUGGUGACCCUGGACCAGUGACCUCGCAGCAGCAGCCGGACCCUGCCCAGUCUCCUCCACUGCAGGUUUUUUACGCCUCUCCAGAGAUGCAAUCAGGUGGCAUUUGAGUCUCCCAGCUUUGGAAACGAAAGGUUUUGUUGACUUUUUUUUUUUCUUUUUCCUCUCUCUUUUUUUUUUUUUUUUUUUUUUUUUUAAUCGAGAAAAAUAGAAAAAAAAAAAAACCAACAAAAAACCAACCAAAUCCUGGCAGAGGAUGUGUGUAAAGUGCAUUUUUCUAGCGCCACUCUGCUCUCGGAGGAAUGAGAAGCCAAAUUGUGACGGGACUUUGAUUCUGAGGAGGUUGGAAAGAAAAGAAAAAUAAAAAUAAAGCGACCCUUUAUGCCCCGUUUUCCCCCACGUGGGAUCGAGCAGGAGGAGGCUUGGGGGCAGCACGGACACCCUCAGCCAGCACCAACCUCGACAGCAAAUUAGGUAUCAAAGAUUUUAAUAUGGACUUUUAUAUUCCAUAAAAACCCGCCCCGGAUAAACAAAACAAAACCAAAAAAACCAACAAAAAAACCAACAAACCACAAAAGGAAAAAAAAAAAAAGUUUGGGGGAAAAAAAAAAAAAAAAAAAGACUCCUCUCCUGGGAAGAAAAAGGAAAAAAAAACCUAAAAAAAAGGAAAUGCAUGUGUGACUGCAGGGGUGGAGCCCUCCCGGAGGGAUGCCGCUCUUCCAGGAGCCGGCGGAGGAUCCGCGCCCGCUCGGCUCCCUUGGUGCACACUGGAGACCUGUUCCUACUUCUCUGCUCUCCUACCUGCCCUUUUACAUCCUUGGGGUUGUUUUUGGUUUUUUCUUUAUUAUUAUUAUUAUUAUUGUUGUUGUUGUUGUUGUUAUUAUUAUUUCGUGGCUCUAGACCGGAGCGGAGGCGCCUCUAAAGGGGCUCUGGCUGUGUCCCCCCCCCCUUUUUCCCACCACAUUCCCGGGAUUUCCCCCCCAAGGAGCCACCUCGGGCUCAUCCCAUUCCCUGCUGCCAGCCCCGACCUCUCCUCCUGCAAUUCCUGCAGGAAAGGCUUUGCCUGCGGGGGGGAUGCAAGUGAGACCCUUCCCUUUGGGGGCCCCUCUCACCCCAGCCCCGUCCUGCUCCUGCCCUGUGCCUCUCCCAGCACGGUUUUAACCCCAAAAUCCUUCCCAGGAGGGUUCAAAAAAGCCUUUGGGGUGGGGUGGGGUGUUUGUGGGGGGCGGAUUUUACUCAGCAUCCCCAUGGGCCAAACCCUCGUGCCCAGCCCAACCCCUCCCCCCCUGCAAGCACUUCCCGAGGGAUUUAAUUUUUGGGGUUAUUUUGGGGGGUUUUUUAUCAUCAUUUCCAAGUGGCCGUUCAAGUUCUCCACGUCUGGCUCUGCCUUCGAGGGAGUUUUCAGAUUCUUGUAUUUACUUGUUUUUUAUGGGGGAAAAAACCACAGAAACAAACCUAUCAGCUGUUCUUUGUACACAGUUCUUUGGUCCUUUUCCGAGGGGAGGGAGAUCUUUCCACAGAGACAGUCCUGGUUCUCCAGUUUAGGACCUUUUUUGGGUUUGGUUUCUUUUCUAAUGAUUAUUUUUUUAUCGUCGUUGUGAAGAUGUCGGUGGCUUUCCAAGUCAGUGUUUCUUUGGCAAAGAAAUGAGGUUCUUUUAGUCCUCCCCCCCCAAAAAAAAGACAAAAACCAGGCAAAUAGCAGAGCAUGGACCCCCCCUUGUUUUCCCAGUGUCUAUUAUUGCCUCAUUCAAUAAAUUGUUACAAAUGUGUCUA